CACUUCUCUUUUCCACAGAGGCAUUGCGCUUUUACGCACAGCCUCUGCCACUGUGUGUGAGAGUGUUGCUGCACUGUGCAACAAGAUGAUCCUGCUGCCUAUUCUGUUAUAUUCUCUCUGGGGAGAACCGAGUCGGUGCCUUGAGGAGGACGGAGGCUUCACCACUGAAAAAAACAUCCGCCACUUCGCCGUGGCCACCAAUACGGUUUACAUCGCUGCGGAAGAGAAGCUGUACCAGCUAAACCACGACCUGACUUUGGUUCAAAAACUGACCCUGAGAGGUAUCCUGACAGGUGGGCAUCUGAAGAACGAUGCGCGGUUUUACCGGGGUUCUGUGACAAACGAAUUGAAUGCAACUUUCAGCGUGAACAUAUUGUUGCCGUUUGUUAUGAAUGACACUCUGGUCAGCUGUGGUGUUCUCGAGUGCGGGUACUGCGAGGUGUUGGACCUGAAGAACAUUUCAAAUGUUCUAUACAGGGAACACAUCCAGGUGGGGUCUCCAUUGCGCAACAGUGCGUCUGUCGGCUUCCUGGUGAAUGAGGAGGGACAGAAUGCUUACAUUCUGGCUGCCUUACAGCAAGACGAAACGAAAUCCACAGGGAGCAGCUGUCCCACUGGAUCAGAAGCCGUGCACCUUCAUAACACCUAUAACAUCCAGAGAGGAUAUAUCUUUUCUACUGUUGGCGAGCACAAUACCCAUGUGAUCAAACGUGAGGGCAGUGUGGAGUUUGUAGAUGGGUUUCAGAUCAAUUCCAUCAUUUAUCUGUUCUCCAACUUGCCCUCAAGAAACACGGUCCGUCUCAUUUGGCUCGAGGGCAAAGCGACCAAGAAGCAGACUCUGGAGUCUCUGCGGGGCGCGAACCUCAGCCUCUCCGCGGAUGGAGGGAGAGGCGGAAUACUCCUCUCUUCCUCUGUGAUCCCGGGGGGGCCGCCGGUGCUCUGGAGCGGCGUGUUCAGUGUGGACGGAGGAAAGACCAACACCGAGCUGCUGCUGUUUGACAUCAGCCCGGAUCUCAACAUGACGGCCGAUGCAGAUCCGGACUUCUGCAGUGUGUGCACCGUGAAUAAAAAGAAGACGGCAGAGACAUUGAAGCCGAAGGCGGUGCUGUUCAGGCAGAAGUCCAUGACCUCUGUGCUGGCAGUGAGACACAAGGCCUGGAUGGUUUUCUUCAUUGGCACGGGAGAUGGUCAGCUCAUGAAGCUUUCUGUGGACCAGAACUUUCAGAGCUCCUGUCCCAGGGUGCUCUACAGGGACGAUUACGACCGCAGAGUGUUUCCCAAAAUGCAUCUGGAUCCAGUGGAUCUUAAACAUGUGUACAUGUCAUUCGAAAACCAGAUGAAGCGUGUAGCUGUGUCAAAGUGCGGCACAUAUACAGAUGUGCGGGCCUGCUGGUCUGCACAGGAUCCUCACUGUGUCUGGUGCGGGUCUACCAUAAGUUGCACAUUUGAAGAUGACUGCCCAAAUUCAGACUGGUUAUCCAUCCCUGAUGAUUCUCAACAGAAAAUUGUUUCCUACAAAGUUAUGAAGGACAGCACUGGCCAGGUCACACUAAACAUCCACACACACCUGACUGUGGGACAGAAGGCGCUGGAUAAAUAUUCCUGUAAUUUCUCUACAAGUUCAAGUGACUUCAGUGAGCUUUGUAGCAGGGAGAGCCCCUUUCCAAAGUUCCCACAAUGCACCUGCAUUCUUUCAAAUAGCUCACUUCCUGCUGAAGGCCGCCAUGUCACUGUUAGUCUAAUACUUGGGACAACAAUAUUAAUGGAAAAACUGAAGCUCUCCGACUGCCCUGACAUCAGGGGACGGCCAGCUUAUGUCCUGUGUGGAGAGUGUGUCAGGGCUGGAUGUGGCUGGAGCAGAAACGGCUGUACCUGGGCAAACCAAGGAGUGGGGAAUGACAGUGUUUGCCAACAAAUGGAGUCAAUGAUGAACUUUUCAACACCAGAGAUCUCCUCCAUCACACCCAGCAAUGUGUCUUUCCACGGCAGGAACCACGCCGUGUUGUCGGGUUCUAACCUCAGGGACGUGAUCAGAGUGAGGAUUCAGUGCACUCAACAAGAAUCUCCUGUGUGGAACAACACUGGUGUGAGACUCACCUUCCACAUUCCCGGGGCAAAUAGUAAAGGCGUGGUCAAAGUAUGUGCUGUCCUCCCAGACGGUAGUUGCCAUGGCAACACUAAAAUCACCUACCAGUCAUCCCCAUCAUGCACCGAUAUUACACCAAGCAGCACCUGGAUCAGUGGGAAGAGGAACAUCACUCUCAUGGGUUCCCACCUGGAGCUUGUGGAAGGGGUCAUGCUCAGCCACUGCUUGGAAGGGGUCAUGCACAGCCACUGCUUGCAGGAAGUCACACCCAGAAACAGCAACUAUCAGUAUCUCACAUAUGAGUCCCCUGCAGCUGGAAAGGGGGUUUCUGCUGUCAAAGUGUUUCUGAAAGUAGCCAAUAAGAGCUUGCCCUGCCACAAAACAAUGAGCUACCAUCCAGAGCCCGAGUUCAUCAGCUUCACAUCCACAGUGACAGGAGAAGAUUUGCGCAUCACCAUACAGAGGGGAGGAAACAGGGGAUCUUUAGUGGGAGACAUUUGA